CCAGGGAAGGGUCUUUUUGGGAAGGUGACAUUUGAGCCAAGAAGACAGUGAGGAAGAAACCACCUUGUGAAGAUCUGACUUCUGCAUUCCAGGCAGAGACCACAGCAAGUGCAAAGGCCAUGAGGCAGGAAUGAGCUUGGUGUGUUUGAGGACCAGGGAGAAGACCCGUGGGGCCGGAGCAUAAGAGGUGUGGGCGUUGGGGGUCAACAAGAACAACAAACAACAAGAACAAGGUCUGAUGAUUCCCUCAACUCCCCGGGGUUGCUCCCCACCCCCUGACUGUGCCUCCCACCUUUCCAAAAUCUUGCUGCUGGGGAAACUGGAUCCUUAGGUCCCCCGAGAGGAGUGAAGAUGCUGAAGAACCAGGCCUGGGUCCCAGGGAUGGAGGGUGCCUGAAGGUGCAGUUGGGAGAAAGGAGGCCUGGAUAGUGGGUGAGGAAUAGAAAGGGGAAGUGAUUGGAAGGGCAGACAUCUGGGCUCUGGGGUGGAGGGCCUGAGCUGGGCAAGGAGCAAAGAUGCCAUGUGAGUCUUCUCCAUUCAUGACUCACCCACUCUUCCUCCUCCUCUUCAUUGCUCAACCCCAAAUCUCCCUGGGAAUUACCUCACUGACUGGAGAUCAAGCCAGUGCCUCACAGGGUAAUUGAGUCAUGAGGGGUGGAGCAGAGGAAAGGAAGCAGAGGAUAAAUAGUAGCUUUGCCUCCCUGGCCCCUCUCUGCAUCCUCCCCACUUCCCCAACAAUAUGCAUCUUGCCAGUUUGCUCAGCUCCUGCUUCCUCUUGCUGCUGUUGGGGCCUUUGCCUGGAUGGGCGGCCGGUGCUGACCCCGUUAAGAAGGUCACUGAAGGGAUCAGCAAAGGGCUGAGCAAUACAGAGAGAGAGGUGGGCAAGGCCCUGGAAGGCAUCAAUAAUGGAAUCCCUCAAGCUGGAAGGGAGAAAGAUUUUAGUGGGCUCAACAGUGUGGGGAGCCAGGCCGGUAAGGAGCUGGACAAGGGCGUCCAGGGGCUCAACCACAACUUGGACAAGGUAACCCAUGGAAUCAACAAUGUCGCCGGACAAGCAGGAAAGGGAGCAGAGAAGUUUGUCCAUGGGGUCAACAGUGCUACUAGACAGGUUGAGAAGGAGGCAAACAAAGUGAUUCAGGGGGUCCACGAUGGGGUCAACCAGGCAGGAAGUGAGGCAAGUAGGUUUGGCCAGGGGGUCCACCAUGCCGGGAAAGAGGGAGAAAAAAUAGUCCAGGGGGUCCAUCAUGGAGUUAAUCAGGCUGGAAAGGAGGUGGGAAAGUUUGGUCAGGAGGUCAGCCACGCUGCAGGGCAGGCCGGGAAAGAGGGAGAAAAAAUAGUCCAAGGGGGGCAUCAUGGAGUUAAUCAGGCUGGAAAGGAGGCAGAGAAAUUUGGCCACGGGGUCAGCCACGCUGCUGGUCAGGCUGGAAAGGAAGUGGAGAAACUUGGCCAAGGUGUCCACCACGCUGCUGGCGAGGCCGGGAAGGAGGAGGACGGGUUGCAUCAGACUGUUCAUGAUGGGACCAACCAAGCCGGCAAGGAAGCCAACCAGCUGCUGAAUGGCAAUCCUCAAGGCAGAUUCACUCACCCGAACGGAGGGGCUGCAAUCACAACCUUAACAUCUGGAGCUUCGGUCAACAAGCCCUUCAUUGACCUUUCAGUUCUGUGGAAGAGCCUCACCAACAUCAUUCCCUAAACUGAUGAACUGGCCUUGUUGAACAGACUGACAUUCCUGUUGUCAUAUCAGCUGAAGUGGCCUGAAGGAGCCGGGGGGAAGUAGGAGGAUAGAUUUCUGGAGUCCCUUAGGGGGCUGUACUGAGAUUUGUGGAUAAAUACAACACACCGUACUCUCA